AUUUAAAUCCAAUAGAAAAUUUGAGCUUUGAAAGAAGAUUUAGAAAACAUGAGAAUAUUCCUAGAAAUGAUAGUAUGCCUAAGAGAAUAGAUGCUGUAAAAAAAUCUAAAGGUUAUCCAACUCAAUAA